AUUCUUUCGAUUAUUUGCGUUCAGGAGCUCGGAGAGUGUCGAAUUUGUCGAAGAUGUCGCGGUUUCCGUUCUUCAACCGGUCGAACACGAUUCAUUCUAAGCACUCGCAGAAACCUUACGUUCCUCAGAGCCAGCAGAGUCUGGACCGGUCCGGUUCGUUGAAUCGGUUCUACGGAUCCGCUGAGUCGGCGAAAACCUCAAUCCGCGGGAAAACGGUGAGGAAGCUUUGUACCUUGUUCGAGUCCUCCUCGAAGAAGGCUCCAGAAUCGGAGUCCCAAUCGGAAUCAAAAGAGAGUUGGGACUCGUGCACGACGACGACGCCGUUUCGGUUGUCCGGGACGGAGGAGCGAAUCGUGGUGUAUUUAACGAGCCUGCGCGGGGUUCGGCGAACAUUCGAGGACUUCAACGCGGUGCGCAUGAUCCUGGAGGGGUUUAGGGUUUGGGUGGACGAGAGGGACGUGUCGAUGGACAUAGCUUACAGGGAGGACUCAAUGCCACGUCAGUAA